CAAAUUUCAAUAAUUUAUUCCUGAAUUUUUCAGAUUAUUCUUGUAUUUAUAGAUAUCCACAAUUCCUGGUGAGAAAAAUUCAGUUAAAAAUGGUAUUCUUUAUGACUAAUUUCUGAGCUAUAUUCAUUCAGUAUUGUUUACUGUUUCUAUGGCUGUUUAUAUUGAUCGAAAUAUAUUUUAUACUAAAGAUAAAUCUUAUGAAAAUGAUGAGUUUCAAGACAUUUCACAGGAAAGAAUUGAUUAUGCGUACAACAGACAUGUUGACAACUAUUUUAAGGAUGAUGAUCACGAUGACGAUGAUGGUGCUGAUCAAGUUUGCUUAGACGGAAGGUUUUGUGUAACAGAUAAAGACUUUUGUAAAGGAUCACAAGAAUGGGCAAAUGGUGAUUUAUUUUAUGGUGAUUUUCUAAAUGGAAAGCGGAAUGCAUGGGGUUGUUAUCAGUGGGAUAAUGGGGAAAAAUAUUAUGGUACAUUUUUCAAUGAUAAAAAACAUGGUCACGGUUUCUAUGUAUGGCCUAAUGGAUCGCAUUAUUUAGGAACAUUUUAUUUAGAUAAGAGAUCAGGAUAUGGAAUUAUGCGAUAUUCAAAUGGUUCAGUUUAUGAGGGAUUUUUCUUAGAAGAUCAACGUUAUGGUCCUGGUGUUUUGAUUACAAACAGAACAAUGAUGACAUCAGCUUCAAUUGAAAUUGAUGUUGGCUAUUGGAAAAAUGAUCGAUUAAUACGUUUACGUAAAUCAGUACUAAAUAAGAAACAAACUGGAAAAUUUCAAUUCUCAGAACAAUUUCCUCAAUAUAAUUUUUAUAAAUUAGUUAAUUUAGAAUUAAUGUUUAAAAAUUUUCAGUAUCAAAAGUCUGUGAAAAGAGAUUAUCAGCUAUUGCAUAAUGAACAUGUUUAUAAUUAUGAUGACAGACGUAUACAUGAAACAAAUGAGUCAAUUUUAAACAGUUAUGAUAAGAAUUCUUCAAAGGAUUUAUUAAUAGAGAUUAUACAGAAUAUAUUAAAACACAGUAAUUUACCUACAAAAUUUCAAGUAUGGAAUAUGAAGAGUCCAUUAUUUGAAAAGUUUAUCGCUGAUCAAAGUUUUGAACAUUUAAUACGUUGUUUACCAACAUUUAUUGAUUCCUCUAUCAUAAAGUUCAAUGGUUUAAAGAAUAUUUUACAAAUUUUAAAAUCUAAUCAACAAAAUGAUAAUUUAAAUGCCAGUGAAAAUAAGGAUAAGAAAAAAUGCAAUCAAGAAAAAGAUUCAAAACGGAAUAAUUUGAAAAACAAUCUAAUGAUAAAUCCAUUCUUUGACACAAUAAAACAAACUCAUCAUGAGAAUAAUUUCAAACAGGAUUCUUUAUUCGAUUCACAAUUUCAACAAAAUCAAACAGUCUGCCUAGUAAAUAUGCGUGCACAAAUAACAAAAACUGCACAUUUACAAGGAUUUCUACGCAAUACAACAGUAAAUCUACCGUGGCAUCAUUUAAUCACAUCCUCAACAGAUGAAACUGAUCAGAGCAUAGGUAACAAGGUGAAUAACAUUCAAGAGAACACAAAUGAACACAAUUCAGCAGUCAAUACAUUUUACAUUGAAAAUUGGUCAACUAUAUGGAAUAAAUUAUCUAAAAAAUCCUUGACGAAAAAGUCUAAUACGAAUCACAAGGUAAAAACGAAACAUGAAAGCAGCACACAACCUUUAUCAACCGGGAGAUAUGAAACAUUGGCAAUUCAAUUUAUACAAUAUUGUUUUAAUGGUCAAUUUGAUAAAGUUAAAAAUUUAUUACAAAUUGAAAAUCAGGUGAAUGAAAGUCAAUUUUGUGUUGAUCCAAAUGUUGCUGAUAGUCAAGGACAAUUUGGAUUACUUGGUGCUGUGUUGACAUGGAAUAUGAAUUUGGUCAAUUUAUUGUUAGACUUUGGUGCAAAUAUCAAUCAGUUAACUGAUGAUGGUUUAACUGUCUUUACAAUAUGCUUAUUGAAAUAUUAUGAGUUAUUCGAAGAGAUUAUACAAUUGGAUAAAACUACUACUACUAAUAAUAAAGAGACACAAAGUGAACAGUCGAGUCAAAAUGCCAGUCAAUCAGAGAACAGACGAGAGCAUAUUUUAUUCAUCAUUACAAAGACAUUACAAGAUGAUAAUGAAAGGCAUGCCAGUGACAGUAAGGCUAAUGGUGAUGUCAAUGACGUUGGUGGUGCAGAUCACCAUGACGAUGAUGAUGAUGAUGACGGCAAGGCGAAGAAGUUGAAAAUACAGAAGCAAAAACAAACGAAUAGUGGGACAGAAGUGGAAAAUGUGAAAUCCUCUCCUAUUGGUCGUAAUUAUGUUUAUCGUGUUGAAUUGCCUAUACUGUUAUCAACAACUUCUUCAGAAAGCAUGAUAUCAUUACGCCGAGCGGCAAGAUUAUCACAGAUACGUAGAAUGCAUUUAGCUAAAAUACGAUUAUCACGUCGUUCUUUAAUGAUAAAGUCGAGUGAAACAAGAGAGUCUAUACAAAUUACAUCAAAUGUAGAUCCACCCGUGCAAAUUAAAAAUGAUUCGAUCAGUUUAAGUCAAACAACACUGCCAAGUUUUCAACGUUUUACAAAUUGUUUAACUCGUUUUCAUACUGAUAUGGAUAACAGGUUGAAAUCAGCUACACAAUUAGAUUUGAAAGCGAUGAAUUAUUCGCAUUUGUCAAAAAUUAACACAUAUACCUCUGAUCGUAAGAGUAGACCACAGACUAUGUCACUAGAUCGUAGAACUAAACAGACAUUGAUCGACGUAGCUUCUAAAGAUGUUUUAAUCAAUAAAAACUAUAGAAUAACAUCUCCAGUGUUAAGAAAGACAGCAGCCUACGAAUUAUCAAAAAAUCCCUACUUUUUAGCUUCGCAUACAAUUUGUAUUGAUUCAAAUAUUGAUGAUAGUGCUGCGAAUAAGUUAGAAGAAGUAGGAAAUGGCAGAGGAGAAGAAAUAAAGAAAUUAUCAAGUGAUGAACAAACAGAUGGAGAACAGACUAUCAGAGAAAGUUCACUGGAUCAACAGGCUAUACUUUUAGUCAAACAGAAACAAAUGAUGGAUAUUAUAGAUUUAUUGUUGAAACGUGGUGCAAAUCCAAAUACUGGAAUUCGACCAUUACCAGCCUUAUUUCUAGCUGUACAAGCUGGUGAUCCUGAUAUGGUUCGUAAAUUGAUACAACACGGAGCUGACACGAAUAUAUGCCUGCGUGUGGAUAAUCCUCUUAAAUCAGACAGUCCAAUUUCACAGGGGAUUUGUAUUGAUGAAGAUGAAGCCCCAUUAACGCCAAGUUUAGAUGGUUUAACUGUUUUACACUAUGCAGUACUUGUACCCGACGAAAUGGGUGUACACCUAACUGAGAUUCUACUUCGUGAUGGUAAAGCUGAUCCAAAUCAACAGGCGACAUUGGAUGAUAGUUUUAAAUUAAAAAAUCAAUACAAUGCUGGAAUACAAUCAGGCAAUUCUAGUGGGAUGAAUUCAGAGAGGACAACACCGACUGAGAAGAAAAUCUAUGAAGGCAGAACACCAUUGCAAUUAGUUUGUUCACGAGAAUAUGACCAACUGAAUUCAGCUAUCAUUGCAAAGUGCCUUUUAGAGCAUGGAGCUGAUCCAAACUUGCUAUGCAAUGGUCACUCAGCAUUGAGUAUUGCAAUUGCAACUGGUAAUGAUCCUUGUAUCAAUGUUUUAAUUAAUCAUCCGAAUACAAAUAUCAACCAGCCGUUAGGAUGUGGCUACGGAUCUGCUUUAUGUGUUGCAUGUUCAAGUUUAUUUGAAUUUAGGCGAUCUGUUGAUUCACGUUUAGAAUUAAUCAAACGCUUGAUAAACAAAGGUGGUGUUCAAUGUUUCAAUAGGUUUACUUUAUUAAAACCAAAAGAAACUUUGGGCAAUGUGAUUGAUUUCACAUAUAUGGACUAUGCAAAAGAUCUACGUGUCACUAAAACACCUUAUCAUGCAUUGAAUGAAAUUGAAAAAGAGACUUACAAUAGUCGUAUGCAAAUUUUAGCUUAUUUAGCUGAUCGUUUAAGACGUUACGCCUAUUCACUGGAUACAUUCACUGAUGAUUAUGAUAGGGAUGGCGAUGGUGAUGUGAAGGCUGUUCAACAGGUAAAUACUGGAACACAUGAAAAUCAAGCUAAACUCUCCUUUCCGAAACGUUCUCAACAAUCUCCAACUUAUCUAAGACAAAAAAGUUGUAUUUCAUACUCAUUCUGUUAUGAGUGCGGACGAUCAGCUGGCAUACGUUUGGUACUGUGUUCACGUUGUCGAAGUGUUUACUUCUGUUCAAAAGUCUGUAAAUUAAAAUCAUGGACAAUAAGGCAUAAAAAUGAAUGUUAUCUAUCUCCAGAACUUCAAGCAGAACGGGAUCGACGAAGUCCUACAAGGGUGUUACCAAAACUUGGAGGAAAUAAACAAGAAAACGAUGAACAAAUGGCUCAACAAAAGGCAAAACAACAACAUUUAAGUGAUUGGGAUUUAUCUAAGCAUUUAACGUGUUGUUCAAGCAGUGGUGAAUUAAUCGGCCUUAUAUAUCAUCCAAGUUAUCGUUAUAGAUAUGCACUGAAUCAUUACUUAAAAAUCAACGACAGUAAUCAUAUCAUUGUUGGUACUUAUAACGGUGAAGGAAAUUACAGUCUUAUUUAAUAACCACUUUGAUUUUGACGACAUUCAUAUUUUACUAGUCUUCCUUUAGGCGAAAUGUUUUUUUGUCUAGGUGAAAAUGAUACUGAACUGAGAUAUACAUUGGAACAUUUGUGUGUUAUUAUUUUCUUACAUCUCUG